GCGAGUUGGUUGGAGCUUCGUGCGUCGCUUGGUUGCUGCCUUUGACUUCUUUGUAUCUCCUCACCAUCUGCGUCACCAUCAACUUGUCAAGAACAGACGAAUCAGCCUGCGACUCACUCGCUGACGCUUGAGCAGUAUGGCGCCCUCCUCUUCCUCUGCUGCUUCCUCAUCCUCCUCUGGCCGCUCCACCCCGGUCCGGGCAACGCGUUCAGCAGCAACCGGCCCCGCUUCACUUCGCGGCUCAUCCCGGCUGUCUACCUCUACAACGACCUCGAGCAGCAGCGCAGGAGCAACGACGGCUGCCUCUACCUCGUCGCGACUCACUGCACCCACCUUUGCGAGCCAGGCAAGGAGCGUCAGUCCAAAGAAGCCCACGGCUGCAAGCGCUGGAGUGCUGGCUUCGGCCAGUCGCCUCAACCUUGCUACUCCCGCUCGCCUGGCGGGUCUGAAGCAUUCAGCCUCUACGCACAGAAUUGGCAAUGCUGCUGCGGACAGAGGUGGUAGCGCUUCUCGUAUGGCGGAAAACCUUUCUGUUGUGCCAAACACUACGCCCAUCGACUUGAGCUCGCACGAAAGCAACAAUGGAGAGGCCAUCCAAGCUUUCUUGAGGAUUCGACCAGGCAACGUGUCCGAUGAAGAUGCACAGACAGAGCCAUACAUCCAGGUAGUCAGCGACAAGGAAGUUCUUAUGGUUCCUCCGAGCGAUACUGGUCUGCCUCGCUCACGAGCCCAUUCCAAGCAGCCUUCCACGCGCUAUACCUUUGCCAAGGUCUUCCCUCCUGCUCCUUCUUCUACCUCUUCAUCGGCCCAGUCUGCCUUCUUUCGCGAAACGACGCUGCCCAUGGUCUACUCUCUGCUACAAGGAGAAUGCGGACUGGUAUUCGCGUAUGGUGUGACUAACAGCGGAAAGAGCUACACGGUCGUGGGAGGAAAGGAGAGUGAAGAAGCAGGCUUAAUCCCAAGGGCGAUGGACGUCGUCUUCAACAGCAUCGACGGCCUACAGAGUGAAAGCGAUAUCUCACCUGUUGGUCUCUAUGGCGUGGAGCGAGCUAGUCGUCCUUCGCUUGGUCCCGCUGCUAUUCCCGCUCUGAACAGGAAGCUAAGCGCAGAUACGCCCCGACAAUCACUUUCUCCUCUUAGCUUCUCUCGCGACAGCACUAAGCUCAAGGUGGACCGGAAUUACCGAUACAGCGUGUGGGUGAGCUACGUCGAGGUCUACAAUGAGAAGCUCUUCGAUCUUCUGGACACUGGCAGCAGUGCCUCUGCCGCCGCUGCGCCCUCUUCGCCAGGAGGUCAAGGCCUGGGCUCCGGCAUGACGCGUUCAGAUAGUGUCAGAGGCUCGAAUUGGAAUCUAGCUUCCAUGGCUAGUUCAUCGGAACUCUCGUCCUUGACAAACGUCAAUCGCCGACCACUCACGCUCAAAGCUGAUCCCGAGGGCAAUGGCAAGUACGUUGCAGGCCUGCAGGAGAUUAGGGUCAAGAGUGUCAUCGAGGCACGUGAGCUGCUAAAGAAAGGUCAAGACAAUCGAGUCAUUUUCAGCACGCUGGCAAAUCGAACCUCGUCUCGCUCCCAUGGCGUCUUCACGAUCAAGGUUGUCCGCGAGCAUGGAGCGGGUCAAGCUGAUCCCGACGAGAGCCUGAACUGUACGGUCAGCAGGCUGAGCAUCGUCGAUCUGGCCGGCAGCGAGCGGAUCAGCAACACAGACACGACCGGAGAGAGGCGCAAGGAGGCGGGCAACAUCAAUAAGAGUCUGAUGUGUCUUGGUCAGUGUCUUGAGACGCUGAGAAAGAAUCAAGCUAGAGCUGCUGCAAGUAUCCCGGCUGCUCACGCUCUUUCCAGCACAAACACUGGCAACGACAUGAGCGGCAGGUCGUCUCUGAUCCCUCAGCCCACUUCUAUGAGCAGCAAGUUCAAACGGCGGCCUUCGGUUGUUCCUUUCCGGCACUCCAAGUUGACUGAGCUGUUCCAGCCAUUCUUUACCGGCGAAGGCAGGACGGUCAUGAUCGUCAAUGCCAACCCGUACGAUACCGGCUUCGACGAGAACAAUCAUGUGAUGCGCUUCUCUGCUGUCGCCAAGGAAGUACAGAUCGUCAGGGAGUCAGACAGUGCGGGUGGCAAUAGCUCCGCAACCUCGACGAUUCACAGGCGAUUGCCUGCCGCUAAGCCAGUCGCCAAUAGCGUCGCAUUCCCUGCCGUUGGCACCGACAGCGAUGUGGCUACUCCCCCAGGUACGCCCGGUCGCAGGCCAAACGGUGCUCUGGCGGCAGCCAAGAGUCGCUUGGGCGCUGCUGCAGGCGUGUCUGGUAUCCCUUCCUCGCCUCGCGGCAACAGAAUGGCGCCUCCUACUCCCUUUAAUGCACGAUCGGGCAGUACUGCUCCGCCAGAGAUCAGCAUCAUCGAAGAAGCCUCGUCCUUUGCGACUGCUGCAGAUGGUUCUGAUGUAGAAGACGAAGACGGCUCUGAUGAUGACGAUGCAGACUCUACGGAUCCAUUUGUCGAUCUACUCAUUGCUCGUCACGAAGAGCUGAGGAUCAAGUUGUUCGAGGCGGAGAAGAGAGCGAGGGAGAUUGAAGCCGAAGUCAGAGAGGAGAUGGCUAAUCAGAUGGCGGAGAGGCUUGCGGAGAUGGAGCGCAGGUAUACGGAGAGGUUGUUGAGCGAUGCGGAGUCCAACGAGGAUUUCUUCAACGCCAAGAUCGACCUGUUGAUCCGAGCCAACAGCUCUGAAGCCCAACGUCUGCGCUCCAGACUGGACGCCGCUCUUCUGGCUACUCCCCGUCCUGGUGCUGGCACCAGCGGCCCUUCUCCCCGGAAGCAAGCACCCCCUUCUCCCUUGUCGACCAGGGGCGAGAUCUUCAAGACGCCCCUUACAGGUCCGGCAGCGAUGUUCAAGACCCCUCGACUUGUUCUUCCAAGUGGUCCAGAAGGAGUAGGUGAGGACGAGGAGGUCGAAGUCGAGUCGGAGCUGGCUACACUCGCUGAUGAUUCUACGGGCGUGACGCUAGCUGAUGGCUCGAACAUUCAAGAUGAGGAAUCGAUGAGUCGCUCCGUCUACCUACAGCCUGGUCCUCUUCGCAAGGGGCCACAAGGGCAGGCGUCGCUGCUGAUGGAUACAUCGGAGGACGAGCUGAUCACCUCCCCCGUCAGGCCAGACAAGCGGACUGCUCAGCAGGAGCGCGGGCGGCAAUCCAUUUCCAUCGAUGAAGACGAAGAUGAAGAGGAGGAACAGGGGGAAGAUGAAGAUGAGGAAGAGACGGACAGCGAUCCCGAUGACACGCACGAGGAAGACUCGAAGCGCAAGGUCACAAAAGAGGACUUGAGCUUCGUGGCCGAUUCGGAGGAGGAUGCUUCCAUGUCUACCUCGGGGUCCGCUUCUUCACAGGAAGACGAGAAUGAUGACGAAUCGCAGUCAAUCGAGGUGGUCAAGCGCAACACAAAGAAAGGUGGAGCAGCAGCAGCGGGAGGAAAGAAAGGUGCUGCUCCCGCAGCCAAGUCCAAGCCCACGCCUCGACCCUCUAAAGCUUCAACUGCUUCAGCCAAGAAGCCUGUAGCUCGAGCAUUCAAGGUCACCUCUGCUGCCGCGCCUGCUGCUUCUGCACCACGCAAAUCAAUGCCCCUCCGACCGUCGCGGGCUUCCAAGGGCAACGCCUCUGUGGAUGCCUCGUCCUCAUCCCCUGUCAAGAGAGCCCGGACUACUGGUGGGAGCACAAAAGGCAGGACCAACGGCAAGGGUAAGGUAGAGGAGCGGGAAGACGAGGACGACGAAGAUGAGGAGAUGGUCGUGCUCAAGGAUUCGCCUAGCAAGAGGAAGAGGCUGCUCCACGCGAAGAAAUCCGUAAACGAAGAGGAGAUGGAAGUUCUAGCUGGCGCAUGAUGAGGUUUCCAUUUCCCCCCUACCCUCCCCGGGCCGCUUGUCCCUCUUCAUUUUACAAGUAGCCGUGCUGA